AUGGUGGCCCAAGUGGAAGAGGGUCAGCCCGCCUCCAGGGAUCCGCGAACAGAGGAGCGACACCCGGCCAGGAAAGGCUCUGGGCUCUGGUCAGUACGGAACAGUCUGGCUCUUCUCAUGCACUUCUCUAAUUUUGUGGCUUUUUCCCACCGUGUGACUCUCAGCAUCGCCAUUGUAGCCAUGGCGAAUGGGACAAGCCAGUGGGGACUGAACAAUAUCUCCUCCGAAGGACCUUCCGCCAGCCCCGUUCACCCAAAUGGAUCCUUCCUGGAGGAUGCGACGGGGGCCCGGGUGUACGACUGGAGCUCAGAAACUCAAGGCGUCAUCCUCAGUGCCAUCUUCUACGGCUACUUGCUGACCCAGAUCCCCGGCGGAUACCUGGCGGGCCUGCUCGGGGGGAAGCUGGUGGCCGGGGCCGGCUUGCUGGCCUCCUCGGCCCUCACGCUCCUCACCCCGUUGGCCUCAGACCUGGGGGCGGCCUACCUCGUGGGGCUCCGCGUGGCCCAGGGGAUGGCUCAGGGGGUUAUAAUACCAGCUCAGUUCACCCUCUGGGCCGAAUGGGCACCUCCCCUGGAACGCAGUCGCCUCGUCAACUUCUCCAGCGCUGGUAUAUCUUUCGGGAUCUUCCUCACCCUCAUUGUCGGUGGGGUGAUCUCCCAUUCGCUGGGCUGGCCUUCCAUCUUCUACAUCUUCGGAGGUGUUGGCUGUAUUUGUUGUCUUCUCUGGUUCUCUCUGGUUUAUAAAGAUCCCCAAAGUCACCCUUUCAUCGAUGCCAGUGAAAAGGAAUUCAUCACAUCUUCCCUGACCCAGCAGGGCGGCUCUCACGGACGGACGGUCCCCAUCUCUGCCAUGCUGACGUCUCUGCCUCUCUGGGCCAUCUCUGUGGCCUUUUUCAGUAAUUACUGGUUGUAUAUCACCCUGUUUACGUCACUCCCAAUGUACAUGAAAACGGUCCUUCACUUUAACAUCAGAGAAGGCGGUUUUCUCUCUUCUCUACCGUAUAUCGCUUCCUGGUUCAGUGGAUCUCUGGUGGGGAUUUUGGCAGAUCUCCUCCUGGCUAAGAACAUUUGUAGCCUCAUCACUCUGCGGAAACUCUUCUCGGCCCUGGCAAUGCUGAUCCCUUCCGCGUUCCUUGUGGUCGUCUCGUAUAUGGACUCCAAUUAUGUCACGGCCGUCAUCUUACUGACCCUCUCUCUGGUCAUCCGCUCCCUCAGUGGAGCCGGCUGUCUUAUUAACCACAUGGAUAUAGCUCCCAGAUUUGCAGGUUUUCUUCAAGGGGUGACCAGCACUUUUGGAACAAUUUCAGGAGUCAUCACCCCUUCUGCUGUUGGAUUCUUCACCAGUCAGGAUGCCUCGGCGGGCUGGAGAAAGGUGUUUUUCCUUUCGGCCGCCAUUAACCUGUUUGGCCUGAUCUUCUACGUCACUUUCGGCAAAGUGGAUAUCCAGGAUUGGGCGAGAGUAGAACUGGAACUUCGCUGACCCAUUGCGUUCCGGGAAGGGAGAAGAUGGCACGGCACGGCGGCUACCCGGCGAAACUGGCUUUUAUCCCCUUGGUUGUUUUUUCCUUUUUACAGCU